UUUAUUUUAUUACCGGUUAAAAUGGCUUUAUUAGUUCUCAGGUGAAUCAAACUCACAUGUGGAUAUUAGUUCCUUAAUUAUUUAGUAGUAUCGAUUGAUACGUACGUAAAAGUUGAACACAACGUCAUUCAACAUAUGAUAUGCUUAAAAGAAAUUAAUUGCGUGUUAUACAUGUAACGCUGUUUAUUAUCAUGUGUUUGUGUAAUCAAACUUGACUUGUAAUUCACUUCCUCUUUCGGUUGUGUAAAUCGGGAAGACAGCUCACACGUAUUAGCCAGUUCCCACAGCUGAUUCGAAGAACUUACAAUACAGAGAUGUCGACGACGGACAGCAGCACGCCAGGAGAGUCGAUAUUUGAAAUAGUCAGUAGCCGUCUUUGCAGUUGCUUCAGUCGUUCAGGCUUCUAUGACAUUACAAACGAGAUCACGUGGGAAGAGCAAGAACAGAUAGGAAAGGUGAAGGAAAAAGGAACCCAGAAGUCAACCAGUACACAUGAGAGCACAGUGGAAGAGCAAGAACAGGAAGGAAAGGGGAAGAAAGAAGGAACCCAGACGUCAGCUAGUUACCUUCAAACGCCCAAUGCCACAUUGAAGGUACUGCCAUCAAAUAUUGAUAAAAAAGAAGAGGAGGCAGUAAAGAAAGAGAAGCAAUUGCAACAAGAAAAAGGAGAGAAUACAAACCAGUGGAACGACAAUGAACGUGAAUUAAAGCAACUGCGACAGGAAAAUGGAGACUUUGAAAACGACGAAAGAGCCAGAGAACAGGAAUUAAAUCAAUUGCGACAAAAGAUAAGUGUUUUAGAAGACGAAAAGAGGGACAGGGAAGAAAAGUUUAAGGAAUUGCAACAGGAAAAAAGUGAUUUAGAAAACGACAAGAGUGACAGGGAACUCAAAUUAAAUCAAUUGCAACAAGAGAAAGAUGUUUUAGAAAAAGACAAGAUGGACAGGGAAGAUGAGUUAAAGCAAUUGCGACAAGAGAAAAGUGAUUCAGAAAACGACAAGAGGGAUAAGGAACAGGAAUUAAAGCAAUUGCAACAAGAAAAAAGUGAUUUAGAAAACGACAAGAGGAACAGGGAACAUGAUUUAAAGCAAUUGCGUCAAGAAAAAAGAGAUUUAGAAAAAGAAAAAGAAGAAGCGCUUUUUAGGUUAAGUGAGCUUGUAUCAGUUAAACUUCGGGACAACAACCCAAAUAUCGUGGAUCUUAGUGACUCCUUCAGGCCAACGAAACUUGCGGAAAUGUUUAGUGAGCUUUAUGACAAUGAGUGGACCGCUGUUUACUCAGUCAUGGAGGAAAGUGGGUUUACAGAACGACAAGUGAUAGACGUUCUCCUUGAUGUGAUGAUGGAAUCGUUCACAUUUUGCAGAAGAGAACUUGACGAAAAUUGGCAGCUUAUUAGCCGAUGGUAUUUGAAUGAUAAGUUGCCCAACAACGAAAAAGUAAAAAAGAAUUUGAAAGACGCUCGAAAAACAAUCAUCCCAAACGUCGUUCCUGAAAUUCACAAGAAAUUUUACGCUCUGCUCGUUGAAACGUGUAAAUACAAGAAACUUUGUCCGAUGUUGUCAACUAACGAAUUUGAAACAUAUGUGUCGACUUGUAUACUGCUAAGCUUGUUAAUGAAUGGAAACGACCCUCCGGUGGUGCUUUACUGUCCUGGUUGGGUCUCCUGUGACCAGCGCAAAAAAGAACAAGAAGAUGAAUCGGUCGGAAUAAACGAAAAACAAACUGCAUUCUCUGAUGAAAUUCCUACGGAAUUUAAAGAAGUAAAGGACAACGUAACUUUGGCGAAAGAUAGGGAGACACGACAAUUUAGCAAAGAUUUAUUUAAAGCGUACACAAAGAGAGGAAACCUUGUGGAGUUCUACGUGUGGCCAGUGAUAUAUCUCCAUGAGAAUGGACCUUUGCUAGCAAAGGGCAUUGCACAAGGUACCAAGGAUAAGAUUGAUAUUAAUCGUUUGGAAUGGUGGAAGGAAUCCGCACACGACUCUAACGAUGAGGAACAAGCAACCUAUGUAUAUGGGUCGAUGUUUAAAAGACUUCGAAGCCGUCUUUGCAGCUGCUUCAGUUGUUCACGCUCCUAUGACAUUACACAUGGGAACACAUGGGAAGAGCAUUACAAGGAAAUGGCGAAGGAAGAAAGUACAUACAUGUCAACCAGUAACCUGACAAAGCCAAAUUACCGCUUUAAGCAACUGCAAACAAAAAGAAAUAUAGCAGAAGAAGAGGAAAUAAAGAAUUUAGAGAAUCACUCGGAAAAAGGGAAGGAAUUGCAACAAGAAAAAGGAAAUUCAGAACACGACAAAAAAGACAAUGAACAUGCGUUAAAGCAAUUGCAAGAAGAAAAAAGAGAUUCAGAACACGACAAGAGGGAUAAUGAACAUGCGUUAAAGCAAUUGCAAGAAGAAAAAAGAGAUUCAGAACACGACAAGAGUGACAAAGAGCAUGAGUUAAAGCAUUUGCAACAAGAAAAAAGAGAUCCAGAACACGACAGGAGUGACAAAGAGCAUGAGUUAAAGCAUUUGCAACAAGAAAAAAGAGAUUCAGAAGACGACAAGAGGGACAAAGAGCAUGAAUUAAAGCAUUUGCAACAAGAAAAAAAAGAUUCAGAACACGACAAGAGUGACAAAGAGCAUGAGUUAAAGCAUUUGCAACAAGAAAAAAGAGAUUCAGAACACGACAAGAGUGACAAAGAGCAUAAGUUAAAGCAUUUGCAACAAGAAAAAAGAGAUUCAGAACACGACAGGAGUGACAAAGAGCAUGAGUUAAAGCAUUUGCAACAAGAAAAAAGAGAUUCAGAAGACGACAAGAGGGACAAAGAGCAUGAGUUAAAGGAUUUGCAACAAGAAAAAAGAGAUUCAGAAGACGACAAGAGGGACCAAGAGCAUGAAUUAAAGCAUUUGCAACAAGAAAAAAGAGAUUCAGAACACGACAAGAGUGACAAAGAGGAUGAGUUAAAACAUUUUGAACAAGAAAAUAUAGAUUCGGAACACGGCAAGAGGGACCAAGAACAUGAGUUAAAGCAUUGGCAACACGAAAUUAGGUUUUCAGAACACGACAAGAGGGACAAAGAGCAUGAGUUAAAGCAUUUGCAAGAAGAAAAGAGAGAUUUAGAAAUCGAGAAAGAGAAAACACCUUCAAGUGAGCUUGUGGCAGUAAAACUUCCUGACAACAAAGCAAAUAUCGUUGAACUUAGCGACGCAAACAGGCCAACAAAACUUGCAGAAAUGUUCAGUGAGCUUUACGAGAACGAAUGGACCGAUGUUAACACGGUCAUAAAGAAAAGUGGGUUUACAGAACGACAGAUAAUAGACGUUCUACUUGAUAUGUUGAUGGAAGCGUUUACCUUUUGCAGAAGAGAACUUGACGAAAGUUGGCAUAGGUUGCCGAGCAACGAAAUGGUGAAGAGGACUUCAAACGACGAGCGGAAAACAACCAUUCCAAUCUUCGUACCAGAAAUUCAAACGCAAUUCUACAAUUUGCUCGAAGAAAAGUGUAAAAACAAGAAACUUUGUCCGAUUUUGUCAACACAUGAAUUUAAACAAUACGUCUCGAAGUGCAUAAGGCUGAGCAUGUUCAUGAAUGGGAACGACCCUCCAGUGGUGCUUUCAUGUCCUGGGUGGGUCUCAUUUGACCAGCGCAGAGAAACACGAGAAGACUUUUUAGUUGGAAUAAACGAUAAGAAUAUUGCAUACUCUGACGAAAGUUCUAACGACUUUCAAGAAGAACAUGUAAACUUUACCGUGGUGGAAGAUAGGGUGACACUACCUUUUAGGAAUGAUUUAUUUAAAAAUUACACACAAAGAGGAGCAUUCGUUGAGUUCUACGUUUGGCCAGUGGUGUAUCUCCAUGAGAAUGGGGGGCCUUUGCUAGCAAAGGGCAUUGCUCAAGGUACCGAAGAGACAAUAAACAUCGACGAUCGUUGGAAAUGGUGGCAGGAAUCCGACAGAUGACUUUAACAAUUUGGAAGAAAUAAACUGUGUAUAUCAACAUUGGUGUACCUGCAUAUUACUAAUACUUCUACUACUACUACUACUACUACUACUACUACUACUACUACUACUACUACUACUACUACUACUACUACUACUACUACUACUACUACUACCAUUACUACUACUACUACUACUACUACUACUACUACUACUACUACUACUACUACUACUACUACUACUACUACUACUACUACAAUAAUAAUAAUAAUAAUAAUAAUAAUAAUAAUAAUAAUAAUAAUAAUAUUUUCGAAAAAUGAUGUCUCCCCUUCAACGGGAGCCUAGUUAAAUGAAUAUAAUAUUGAACAAGGGGUAAAAAAAGAUUGUGCGCCUUUAACAUUGCUACAUCGGAAAGAUAGAUAAACAACUGCUUUAACUUCAAUUACUGAGGGAGGCGUAGUUGUUUAGUUUUAAUUUACAUUAUCUUUCGUUUAACUAAACGGGAACGGCAGGGCAUUAUUACCAGGUUGUUCUCCUAUCAAAAAAGGGUUCAACAGGGGACAUGAGGUUCAGACGCUAUGACUGCAAAUGUUAUCAAUGUUGUUUAUUUUUCUCAAGUACUACUGUACUCAUGUUCAAGUUUUGUCAAGCAAUCCCGAUAUAGAUCACAGCAUGAGUUAUCAUUGUGUAUUAUGUUUAUAAUACCGGUAGCUACUAUAGUUUUUAACUUCUCACGGCCCUCGUGAUCGUUACAUGUAGUGAUUCGCAACCAAUCUAUUUACAAAAAGUGUAUCCAAAAUGAUAAAUUAUAACUAUGUAAGACAACAAUAUUUGGCGUACGAAACAAACGUUUUAAACAUUUAUGUCUUUCGUUCUUGAGAAUAUAUUGACAAUGUAAGUCUAGCGUAUCUUUUACGAUGAAGAUGAAUAACCUAAUAAUUAAAGUUUAUUACACACUAGCAAGUAUGUUAAUUGUUAUACUACUAUGUUGACAAUUGUUUUGCUCUUUAAAUUGUGUUUUGUAAAUGUUGUAUGACUGUGAUUUAGUGCCGAUUGAACGUUAUUUUGGUUAUGCUGUCAUAUGUUUUGAUCUGAAUAAAUAGAUUACAAU